GCUGUAGCAAAAUUUAGUAAUAUUCCCCCUCGCUGAAUGUGUUUCAAAAAUAUGCAAUCGAUUGUAUUCGUGAGUGCACUUUGGGCGGUAAACAUGGUAGGAGUGUGUGCAUAAGAUAUAUAUAUACAUAAUGUGAAAGCCUUUGUCAGAACGAGAUCUGCUUGGGUCAAAUUGAAUUUUACCAGCAAAGAGGAACGGAAAAAUUCAAUGUACUUUAAUUAAUGCCAAGGAUGAAUUCAAAUAAAAGUGAGGAGUAAAGAAAGAGGAUUGGUUUAACAUCUAUGGAACCCGCUUUGUAUCUUUGAAUCCAGUAUAGUUUUGCCAAUGCAGAAAAUGAAAUUACGAGUAUGCAGGUUUUUCUGCAUGAGAAACAGAGCCCUUUACGGUCCCUUGGUGAUUAUGUGUGUCUAUUUAACAGCAAAUUUUACAGACUUUAUCACAGAACACGUCUACGAGAGAUGGAACGAUUUGGUGUGUCUAGAGAGAUAUAAAGAAUUAGGAGAGAUGGGACCAGUGGGUAAUAUUACAGCAUAUAUGAUUCCACGAGAGUUGCAGGAUAUGUCAUCCGAUUUUUGGUGGUUGCAAUUUGGUGGACACAACAAGGUUAGAAGGUCACAAAAGGAACUGGACGUGCAUGAAAGAGUAGCGAUUAUAAUCCCCGUGAGAGACAGAGAGGAACACCUGAAGAUUCUUUUACACAAUCUUCACCCUAUUCUUCAUCGUCAAAAUCUGCAAUACAGCGUGUACGUAGUGGAGCAGAUUGAUAAUCAAGACUUCAAUAAAGGUUUACUACUUAACAUUGGAUACUUGGAAGCCUUGAAAAGAGACAACUACACCUGUUUUGUAUUUCAAGAUGUCGACCUAAUACCAGAGGACGACCGGGUAUCUUACGGGUGCUGUAGAAGUCCUAUGCAUUUGUCUUAUGCCAUAGAUAAAUUUAAUUACCGUCUUCCUGACACCAAGCUUAUUGGUGGAGUAUCCGCAUGGCUGAAAAAUGACUUUGAAGCCGUCAAUGGCUGGUCAAAUUUGUUUUAUAACUGGGGAGGUGAAGAUGACGACAUGAGUUAUAGAAUAUAUGCCAGUGGUAGAACAAUAAAGCGGAUGUCUCCUUCCAUUAGCAGAUAUAAAAUGAUCAAGCACAAUCAGUCAAAGAUCAAUAAUGAUAGAUUCAAGAUACUUUCUAAUUCUUAUACACGAUAUAAAAAGGAUGGACUUUCUAGUGUACGAUAUCAAGAGAUAAAAGUAGUAGAACAAGACCUUUUUACAAGAAUACGGGUAAUUCUGUGAACAUUCAGACAUGUAUGUCAAGAAAUAGAAGCAGGAGAGGAAUGCUGUUUUUCCACAGAAUCUGUAACACACCAUACUUAAGGAACUGUAGUGUAAGGCUGACACAGAGUGUUUUUUUAAUUGUGCUUGUGUAGAACAUUUUGGAAGAAUGAAGCAGAAUUGUAUGAAUGUCAAACCAAUAUUUUUUUUUUAUCCACGAACUCUGAUGCAUCUGUUAUACACAGUCACUUAAAUUGCGAGAAAAAAAAUCUUAAACGUUGCACAGAAUGGCACAAUUUCAUAUCGAAUUGUGGUUGUAGUUGUUUUAAAUGUUUAUGCAGGUAACAUAUGAAAAGUUAAGCACAGUACAAGCUUAGGGUCGUCCAUUUUUAUCUUUUUUGUAUAUUUAUUUGAUAGCUUAAAAACCAAUUUUUUCACAAAAAUUUUAAAUAAGAAUUUUGCAACAAAUACAACGAAGUGUCUGAAACUUG